GACUCUUCCUACGUGAAUCCAAUAAAAUCUAACUAAAUUGUUGAGGAGGAGUUCUCAAACAAUUUCUAGCUUAUCCAAUCUCAUUCGGUAUCACAAAGCUUCUCUUACAUCUAUAUAAUCCAAGCUAACAGUUCCUUUCUCAUCUCUCCAUCUCAAUCAUGGCUGCCUCUUCUUCUUCUUCCCUCUUCCUCCUCUUACUCCUCUUUGUCUUCGUUGUUUCUGCCACCUCAAGACACCUCGGUCACUCGGCUCUGCACUCCUACUUUAGAACUCACCGCACCGGCCUUCCCCCUCGUUCGACGUAUGGGCCAAUCAAGACCUAUGGCCGCAACUACUCCUACGUCUGCGACUCGCGCAGGUUCGCCGACUUAGGUCUCAGAGUGACCGACUUCGCUUACUGCAACAAGAACCUCUCGUACGAGCAGAGGGUGAAGUCGCUGGUGGGCAGCUUGUCGCUGGAGGAGAAGGUAGGGCAGAUCAGCGACCAGGCUCGGGGCGUGCAGCGGAUCGGACUGCCGCCCUACAGCUGGUGGUCCGAGGCGCUCCAUGGCGUCUCCUUCGUGGGUCAUGCCACGUACUUUGGCGACAUCGUCCCCGCCGCCACUAGCUUUCCCACCGUCAUCGUCUCCGCCGCCUCCUUCAACGAGUCCCUGUGGAAGUCCAUUGGCCAGGUGGUUUCUACGGAAGCGAGAGCAAUGCAUAAUCUAGGGCAUGCUGGCUUGACCUUCUGGAGUCCCAACAUCAAUGUUGUUAGGGAUCCUCGAUGGGGAAGAAUUCUCGAGACACCCGGAGAAGAUCCUUUUCUUGUCGGUAAAUAUGCCGCCAACUUCGUCAGAGGCUUGCAAGAUGUCGAGGGCCAUGAAGUCGCUGCAAAUCCAGAUUCCAGGCCAUUGAAGGUGUCUUCUUGCUGCAAACACUAUGCAGCGUAUGAUGUAGACAACUGGUUUGGCAUCGAUCGCUACCAUUUUGAUGCCAGGGUUGCAGCGCAAGAUAUGGUGGAGACGUUCCUUCUUCCUUUUGAGAUGUGUGUGAAGGAAGGUGAUGUUAGCAGUGUCAUGUGCUCUUACAAUCGUGUCAAUGGCAUCCCUGCUUGUGCAGAUCCAAAGCUUUUAUCCCAAACCCUAAGGGACGAUUGGAAGCUUCAUGGAUAUAUAGUCUCUGACUGUGACUCGCUCGAGGUCAUGCAUCACGGCCACAAAUGGCUCGGUGAUACCCCUGAGGCAGCCGUCUCUCAAACACUUCGUGCUGGUUUGGAUUUAGAUUGUGGUGACUACUACUCCAAUUUCACGGAGUCUGCUGUGGCACAAGGCAUCGUGAGGGAGUCAUAUAUCGAUACCGCGUUGAAGAAUCUCUACACUGUCCUCAUGAGGCUCGGAUUCUUCGACGGCAUGCCGAAGUAUGAGUCGCUUGCAGAAGACGAUAUCUGCACGAAAGACAACAUUGAAUUGGCUGCAGAUGCAGCGAGACAGGGAAUUGUUCUGCUUAAGAACGACCACAACAUCUUGCCACUGCGCAAAGACAAGUACAAGAAGCUUGCUUUGGUUGGUCCUCAUACUAAUGCAACCGAAGCCAUGAUCGGAAACUACGAAGGUACGCCUUGCCGUUAUGUUUCCCCUCUCGAUGCCUUCUCUGCUGAAGGAAAGGUAGAAUACGAUCUGGGAUGCACGGUCUGGUGUUGGGAGAAGGAAUCCCACCAACGUGCGAAGGAGAUCGCUGCGCGCGCUGAUGCCACCAUCAUCUUUGCCGGCAUAAGCCUUGAAGUGGAGGCCGAGAGCCGCGACAGGGACGAUCUCUUCAUCCCCUACAGCCAAUCUAACUUCAUCACCGAAGUCACCGAAGCUUCCAAGGGCCCUGUAAUCUUGGUUAUCUUCUCUGCAGGGGGGUUGGAUAUCUCAUCCAUCGCCAGAGAUAACGCCAAGGUCAGUGCCAUUCUCUGGGCAGGUUAUCCCGGUGCCGAAGGAGGCCGUGCCAUCGCCGACGUAGUUUACGGACGAUACAAUCCGGGUGGAAGACUGCCCAUUACAUGGUUCGAGUCAGAGUACACAAAACUGCUCCCAAUGACAUCGAUGCCAUUACGCCCGAUCGAUGAGCUCGGUUACCCUGGAAGGACCUACAAGUUCUUCGACGGCCAGACGGUGUAUCCUUUCGGUUAUGGCCUCAGCUACACGCAGUUCAAGUACACCCUCAAAUCUGUGCCGAGCAGCGUGGUCGUCAAGCUUGAUCCCCUGCAGCUGUGUCUGCCGCUGACAUACAUGCCGAAUGCCUCACUGGAAGAAGAACACGCGGGAGCUGCAUGUCAAUCUGUCAACGUAGCUGACACUGCGUGCAACCAUGAAAUCAACUUCGAGGUUGAGGUGGCGAACACGGGCAAGUUCGACGGGAACCACGUGGUGAUUGUCUACUCCAAACCUCCGGCCGGUGUUGCAGGAGCCCCCAUCAAGCAGGUUGCCGCGUUCCGGCGGGUGUUCGUGCCGGCCGGCGCCUCAAGCUCGGUGAAGUUUUCGAUCGACGCAUGCAAGAGCUUGAGCAUUGUGGAGAAGACGGCCUACAAAGUCUUGCCUCGUGGUCAACACACCAUCGUGGUCGGGGACGAUGAACCCACCGUUUCCUUCCCUGUUAAGGUGGAUUUCAAUUAGAACAAGUGAGAAUGCUCAGUGACAUUCAACAUUUAGUUGAAGGCUGCAAAAAUGAAGCGUUUCCGUUCGUAUUUGUAUUUUUUUGUUUCCCAAAUAAAGCCAAAAAUGGUUGAAUCAAAUCCAA